AAAAUAAAUAAACAAAUAAUGCAUGCCUUCCACGAUUCUUUACCAGAGAGCAUAACAAGCUUUUUCAGGACAAUGCUCCCCACCACUAUAAAUAACGAGAGACCCUCACCCUCCAUUUACUCGCCCAAUCAUCAAUUUUCUACAUUUUAUACUCAUACCAAUCUUCCAAGUACCUGAAAUAUCUCUAAGCUACAUAGCUCCGUAAGGCUACUACUUCACUACCAACAUGGCUUCCUCAGUUCUGCCUUCUCCUUCCUUGCAAUCUCAAUUUAUGUCGUUGAGAAGCUCAACUAAGCCUUACUCUCGACGAUCCUCUCUCUCUCCAAUCAAGGCCUCUGUGUCUGAAAAACCAUCUAUAGGUAUCUCGUCGCCAACUGUUUCACCAACUGAUUCUUCCAAACUUCCGCUUCUCAAAAUCCCCGGCGAUUAUGGCCUCCCUUUUAUCGGUCCCAUCAAUGAUCGACUUGAUUAUUUCUAUAAACAAGGCAAAGAAGAGUACUUCAAAUCCAGAGCUCAAAAGUACCAGUCAACGGUGUUCAGAGCCAACAUGCCUCCUGGUCCUUUCAUCUCUUCCAAUCCACACGUGGUCGUCGUGCUUGAUGGGAAGAGCUUUUCUGUUCUUUUCGACGUAACUAAGGUCGAAAAGAAAGAUCUUUUUACUGGUACCUUCAUGCCCUCCACAGAGCUCACCGGCGGCUACAGAAUUCUUUCAUACCUUGACCCGUCUGAGCCGAAGCAUACCCAACUCAAGAAUUUCUUGUUCUAUCUUUUGAAGUCUCGCCGCGAUCAUGUAAUCCCUGAGUUCAGCUCGACUUAUACCGGACUGUUUGAGAGUCUGGAGAAGGAUCUCGCGUCUAAGGGUAAAGUCAAUUUCAACAAUCCCGGCGAACAAGCGGCCUUUAGCUUCUUGGGUCGGAGUUAUUUCGGUGUAAACCCUGUGGAUACUAAGAUCGGGACUGACGGACCCACUCUGAUAGCUAAAUGGGUAUUAUUUCAACUUGCUCCUAUACUCACACUUGGCCUUCCGGCAUUUCUUGAAGAGCCCACCAUCCACACCUUCCGUCUCCCUGCUUUUCUCGUCAAGAAAGAUUACAAGCGACUCUACGAUUACUUCUACUCCUCCGCCGGAUCCCUACUUGACGAGGCUGAGAAGAUGGGUAUCUCGCGAGAAGAAGCCUGUCACAAUAUCCUUUUCGCGACGUGCUUUAAUACCUUUGGCGGCCUUAAGAUCUUCUUCCCCAACAUACUCAAGUGGAUCGGCCGUGCUGGAGUCAAGCUCCAUACCCAACUAGCCCAAGAGAUCAGAUCAGUCAUUAAAUCCAACGGUGGGGAGAUCACGAUGGCUGCUCUAGAACAGAUGCCACUGAUGAAAUCCGCCGUCUACGAAGCGUUCCGUAUCGAACCGCCAGUACCAGCACAGUAUGGUAAAGCAAAGCGUGACUUGAUCAUUGAAAGCCACGACGCUGCGUAUGAAGUAAAAGAAGGCGAGAUGAUAUUCGGGUACCAACCUUUUGCAACCAAAGAUCCGAAAAUAUUCGACACCCCCGACGAGUACGUGCCGGAUCGAUUCGUGGGGGAGGGAGAAAAGUUGUUGCAACACGUGCUGUGGUCAAACGGGCCUGAGACAGAUCAUCCAACGGUGGGAAAUAAACAAUGCGCGGGUAAAGAUUUCGUGGUACUUAUCUCCCGACUUUUCGUGGUUGAAUUAUUUCGACGAUACGACUCGUUUGAAAUUGAAGUUGGGUCGUCGCCAUUGGGGUCUUCCAUCACGAUUACGUCUUUGAAGAGAGCAAGUUUUUAGGACAGCUCAUUUUGUGUUAUAAUAAUAAAAAUUAGGGAAAUUUUCCCUAAAAAAAUUAUGGGAUGUCGCAGGUUCGCUAAUGUAAUAAUUGCUCGAAAAUUUCCAUGUGAGCAUUGAUGUGUGAGCAUUGCUUCUAUCAUUAUCAUGUAUCAUAUUCAUGGGCAGUGGAGAUGGGGCGGUGGAAGGGCCCUUUGCUUCUAUCAUUAUCAUUUAUCAUAUUCAUGGGCCGUGGAGAUGGGUUGGUGGGAUGCUUUUAAUUAGUGAAAUGGUUUUUAUUUUGCCAAGGUUGUUUCCCUCCUACCAAUAAAAUUAAUUUUCUUUUCUUUUCAGAAA